CCUGUCCACCUUUACCCCGUAGCUUGUUCCCGGCAUUUUCCUUACAAGACUCCACCGAGUCAUCAACUUUGGCCGAGGCUUUAAAAAGCAUCAUCCUGCGACGCCGCCUCUCGCAAGAUUACACGGCUGAAUAUGCAGAUGACCUCGUCCGAAUUUGACAUUUUACCAGAGACACUCUUCUGGAGCACAGCUCUAUUUCAAUAUCGCCUCACCCCAGCGAAGUGAAAGAAAAAAACAUCUUGCAAUCAACACCCGCAAGUCAUCUAUACUGAAGCUUCCUUUAGCCCGAAGACCAACUAAACAAAACCACCCGAACCUUUCUAGCCCGGUGUUAGAUCGGAGCGACAACAACAACCUCAAAACCACCAGACCAAGAAACAACAGCAAGAAAAAAAAGAUGCCUUCAUCAUCAACGGCACAGCAGACCUCACGGCACUUUGCCACGUCGUCGCGCGUUCACCCUUCAUACCUGCCCUACCUGCAGGCGCCAAAACCACCCAAGGUCGCCAAGUGGAUUCCUCCAGCCGUCGCAAUUGCAGGAAUAGGCUACGGAGUCACCAAGUUCCAGCAGUCACGAUCCCUCCGCUCCGCCGCACAAAAGGCAGACGAGGCAGACCGCAAGCGCCGCAACGACCUCAUGGCCGACGCGUACGGCGACAGGGGGAGCCUCGAGGCCCUCGAGGAGGCCUGUCGUGUCUACGAGUCCCAGCAGCAGAGGCGAUGACGGCCUCUGUUUUCUCAUCGCUAUUUUGUUUCUUGUGCUUGUUACCAGUCUGUCAUUGAUCGUUAUAUGAUCACGUGCCUGUUUUGAUUUCACAUUGUCUUGUUUUUUUAUUCUCAUGCACAUAAAUUGGCGUUUUUGGGGGAUCUGCAUCUCGUGGGACAUUGUGGCGCAGAACGGCGUUGUUUCGGCUUUCUUGGAUUUAUUUUUUUGUUUUAUUUCUUUUCGUUUCUUAGCUACCUUGAGGGUAAACGGAAAGGGCAUUGCAUUGACAAGCCAAGGCGGGUCCGAAGUGGGAUGAGUUAUGAAGCUCGGAGAAUUUCAGAGAAACUCUCACAAGAUGACGGUAUUAUUGUGGUUGAUAUGAACCAAAACAAAGUCGGUCAUUAUAUGAAACAAACAUACAAUAAAAGUCUCGUAUCAUCUAUGUCGAUCGAUGCCUGUGGAUAUCUUUGUGCCACCAGGAACAGAAAGCUGACCGUUGUAGCUAGC